AUGGCACACUUUAUGGAUAAUCCUGCGCAAAUGGUCCUCUUCUACGCUCUCAUCAUGGUUCUCUCCAUUGCCUCCGCCACCACCGAACUCGUCGGCUGUGGCACCCUCGAGUGCGACUGCCAGGUUGAAAGCCGCACCCUAAGCGCCCUCGGCCAAGUGUCCUUCAACUCAUCCUACAUCGGAAACGGCACAAUGCCCCUAACCUGGACGCUCGGCCUCCAAGAGACACAGGACCCCGACCGGCCGUCCAUAGACCUCAUAGACCGAUCCUUCUAUCUCGGCCUGCCACAAAACGUUAGCCUCAGCAACACCACCGCGUUCGGCGGGUGUGCUCUGUUCUUCACAGAUAUGACUACCCUCCUCAAGUUCAAGUUCGUAGAUCCAGAGAACGGAACCUGCCCGGAUAUAAUGGGCGCAGACUGCGUUCGGGAUUUGAUAUCCCUAGCUAAGCAGGAGGCGAGCCCGGACAGCUCCAUGUCGAAGAACCAGAUCCUCGAUACAGAGGGGUUCUGUCGCGAGCUCGCUGUAGCGCUGUAUGACAAGACCCCAAAGUCAUGUAGUCCGCUAUGGCUUGGGCGCUCGCAGGAGAGUAUCCAUGUGGAUGCCCUGACUGGCCCGUCCGCUUCUCGGCCCAUCGCAGACUUGCGCGCCUGCCGUCCCACCACCGGGAAGAACUACAGUGUCUCCAUGGUAGACAGCUACCAGUCGGCGGUCUCGUACGAAAACCCGGACUUGAACAUGACCUUGCAUGGUGUGACUCCCGUGAUGACGCUGUUUUAUCCCAACUCGUUGUCGUCGCAGCAGGCUAUGCCGGUUGACGUCCACUUGUCGUGCUUAACAGUAGUAGGAAAUAAUUAUUCAAGUACGCUUGCGAACUCGGCCGAGGGGACUGGGGUUCGGGCAGUGAAUUUGUGGAGUGGUCUCGGACUGGGCCUGAUAUCUGCAAUGUUCUUAUGGUUUUAG